CAUUGUUGAUGCUCCGUACGCAGUCUUUUACUCAUCUAGUUCUUCUGCCGUGAAACUGACGCACAGCCGCUGUGCUGGCGCAGUCCGCAUAACGUGGAAGAUUCCGAAAUAAGCAUAGCAAUCCCGACUUCGUGCGUUGGCCAUUCAUCAAUCUGGACUGCAUGAAAUGUCAAAAAUUGCAACCCUUUAUUCCCAGUAUCUGUUUCUAUCUGCGUAUGCACCACCAGCGACCCUCGUUUACGAUUCAAAAUCAAAAGGUCAUCAUUAGCCUUAUGAAAUAAAAAAGUCACUUCAGUCUCAGACGUGAUCGAGCGUCCCACUCAACACUUGCUUCGUCGGAUUCACAACUGCAGCAAUUCUGAUACUAUUAUUGCGAUUCCAUCUCAGUAGUUCUAGUUCGUGUCAACACCGCGCAGCUCAUAGAUGUCAACCGGAACAACGGGGACAGCACCAGGGGCCCCGCUAGCGGAAUCUCCCUCGUCCUCGGUGGCCAAGAAAAAGAACAAUAAGCGACGCAACCAAAACAAAGCGGUCCCCAACCCCCGGGACAGCGCUGCCGCGUAUGAUUUUGGAAAUCCCGCUUCGGACCGCGAUGGCCCGGUCGCCUACCCGGCACGACCACCAGGCGCAUCUACAACGGGCUCGGGAUUCAGUUCCUCUGAUGGCGCGCCCACGUUUGGCCAGCAGGGGUCGCCCCUGUCGCGGAUCCUCGUGGACCCGCCGGUGCCGCCCCCGGAGAACAUGUAUGAAGAACUGCAGUCCUUACGCGCCCGCGUCGACGACCUGUGCGCUGCGCUGAUGCUGACCAACGGCACGGGCGGCGGAACAAAUACUGGUGGAACCAAAAUGUUGAAGCUGUUUGACGGCAGCAGCAUGAUGACAUCAACGACAGCACAAAUGCAAAACGGGGAACCACCCUCCGCCACCCCGGGCCAGACCGGGCACCAUCAGCUGCGCCGGUCGGUCUCCAUGGACAAGGGUAGCAUCCGCUCGCAGGCGAGUCUGUCGGACGUGGAGCAUAUCACACAGAAAAAAGCUGGCAGGGCAUAUUUAUAAUGCGAAAAUAAAUACACAAAAAAUGAAAAUCCGAAACAGCAUGCGAUGGGGCCACCCAUGACAAACCUUCCGGUAUUUCUUUUUGCAUUACGAAAAUGCCCUGCCAGCUUUUUUCUCUGGGAUAGAGCAGGGACAGAACCCGGAGUUCACGUCCACCAAGCACAUGCUCCCGUCGCUGAUCGCAAUAUCAAAUACAUGUAAAAGUGUCUGGGUCUGGAAGAUUAGAACCUGUCAUGCUAAAUCUGAAUGAUGCAAAAAUCUGUGUUGCGUGAGUACCAAAAGCUGUCCGCUUUUGACCAAGUUGAGAGGGAGUUUCUCAUGCAGGAAAGGCAUGAAAGAGACCUCAAAGAAUCUGUCAUGCUGGGUCUCGCAUUCCAGACCUCACGGGUCAUGGAAAACCUGCAUCACAAAUCUUGGACUCUUCCAGACCCAGACAUUUUUGCAUUUGAUACGCAAUGCUGAUGAACAACGCCAACGCCUCCCCCGAGGGCCAACAGUCUGUGGACGCGCUGCUGCCGAUCCUGAUGCAGAAUUUCCUCGUGGACCAAGCCCGGGCGUCCGAGCUCGGGCUCCCCAACCGCACCAGCUCGUCCGCGAGCGCCAUGGGCGGGCCGCUCGGCCAGUCCAAAACGUCGUCGGGUGGAGCCCGAAAAAGCAAGCAGGCUCUGCAGGCGAAGCCGAACCGGCUGGACACCACCGUGGUGGCCAAGUCCGUGGUGAAAAUCUACGUCUCCAGUGUGGAAUACGACUACGGCAAGCCCUGGUCCCCCGUGCGCCGCGAGGUCAACGCGUUCGGCUCUGGGUUUUUGGUGGAGUACAACAUCUCGUCGGGAGGUGGUAGAAGUUCGGGAGCUGCUGGUGAUGUAGUAGUUCCGCCUGUUGCUGUUGCUGCAGACGGCACUACAGAGCCGAAAACUACAAGUGCAAAAAUGGCUAAUCAAACUAGUCCCGGUUCCACUGCUUCGACGAAAAACGAUGCGCGAGGUGGAGCUACUACUUCUGCUAGUACAACUUCUAAAAACUCGUCCCCGGCGAAACAAAGCAAAACGUACCUGGUGACCAACGCGCACGUGGUCGCGCAGGCGACUUACAUCGAGAUCCGGCGCGCGGGUAUGGACAAAAAGUACGUGUGCAAGGUGAAGCGCGUGGCGCACGACGUGGAUCUGGCGCUGCUGGAGAUCCGCGACAGUGAGGACAAGAAGGCGUUCAUUGCGUCCUCCAGCCCGUUGCAACUGGGCGACACCCCCUUCGUCGGCGACACGGUGACGGCCUUUGGCUUUCCCAUCGGCGGCGAGGAGAUGUCGCUGACCCGCGGGGCCGUCAGCCGCGUGGAGCUGCAAAACGGCGCGCACAGCGGCCACUACGUGCUCAGCGUGGACACGGACACCAGCAUUGCGCCGGGCAACAGCGGCGGCCCCGUGCUGAGCAUUGACGGGAAGAUUGCGGGCAUCAGCUUUCAGGGCAUUUCGGGCAAGGACGGCGGCUUUUUCAUCGCCGUGGAUGUACUGAAAAAAACGCUGUUCGAGGACUUCUACGAGAAACGGACUUACGAGGUGCCGGACCUGGGCAUUGUGGAGCAGGAACUGGAGUCGAAGCUGAUGAAGCAGUUUCUUGGUAUGCCGGAACAAAUCCCGAACUACCAAAACUCUACUUCAGCCGCCUCCUCGACAAGCAACAAGGAUAACUUUGCAGCCGCGGGUGCCUACACUCCGAAGCAGCCCAAGCAGCUCGACGGUGUGAUUAUCUGCAAGAUCGCGGAGUUCUCGCCGGUGCACGGCAAGCUGAAGCCCUACGACGUGCUGACGAAAAUCGACAACUACCCCAUCGGGAGCAACGGCACCAUCGAGUUUCGGGACAACGAGCGAACGAUUUGGGACUACGGCUACAUGACCAAGACGAUUGGCGAAUCUGUCACCCUGGAGUUCUUCCGCUGCCUGGACGAAAACCGCGUGCAGGGACUGGAGCUCAGCAACAGCGUGCUGGUAUCAAAAUGAAAAAUCCUCCCACCCCAUAUUCAAACUAGAAAUUUGCGAUGCAGAUUUGUGGCCACAAAUCAGCUUUGUCAUGCUAGAAGGGAAAAGAUGCGACCUGUAGUGCUGGUUGGCGUGGGAAAGCCUUGGAUCUUCAGCAUGACAGGGGGCAGCUGGAAGUGGGAAACAGCACAACAAAUUGCCUGCAAACGAGGCCACAGCUGCGUCUCUUGGCCUUCUAGCAUUACAAGUCGAUUUGUGUACUCAAAUACAGCAUCACAAAUUUCGUUUUCGAUAUGGGGAGGAGGGAUUUUUCCGUUUGAUAGCUGGGCGGGAAAAACGAGGCGGCGGCCGAGUCGGAGGACGAGGGCGUGCUGGAGGAUGAGGAGGAACAAAACUGGGACGACGACGAGGAUGACAGCAGCGGAGGCUCCUACGCCUCCAAAUUUGUUCACAACCUUUCCUCCGCAUCUCGCGAUAGAACUACAACGGCGAUGAAGUCGUUGGCCUCGACGAGCAACGGCGGUAAAAAUGCGUCAGCACCUGUGUUCACGACCUACAAAAAUAACAGGAACAACAAAGCGACAAACCCGGGGGACCUGCAAGCAAGUGGCGGAACAGCGACAACAGCGACGUCCACCAGCGGUGCAACCAAGCCACGCAUGGAGUUGAAGAAAUCCUGUCCCAUUUUCAAACGUCUGGACACGAUCUACCAACGGGUUCCGGCAACUGGUGCCCCGACAGGUGGAACCAGUGCAGAAGGAAACACCAGCGCGGUUGGUGGAAAGAUGAACAAGGGCGGCGGUGGAAAAAAACUCCAAAAAGUUCCCGUUUGCGAAGUGGAAGAGCUUUACCGCGACCCGAAAAACCGCUACAGCCUCAACCGCGCGCAUGUGCAACUGUGUUGCAGCAUCAACGACUUGAAGCACGCAAGCUGCUUUUUGUGGGAUCAGCUGCCCCACUACGUCAUCCGCGCGGGGUUGGUGUUUCAACCACAGACGAUCUACAUCUCCGCGGCCCCCGGAAACUUCCGCACGAAAAAAACGCCGGAGCACAUCUACAUCAUGAAAGUACUGAUCUUCAUACAUACGUUUUUGUUUUUCUCGUCACAAACAAAGUUUGUUGCCCAAACAUGAUUCCAAGUUCUGGAUGGCUUUUUUACGUAGGUACCUACACCGUGGUCGCACUGCAAAAAUAAUAAACAACUCAAAUUUAUGAAUGCGAUACUAUCAACACAAAAAAUAUACUAUCACAGGCCUUCAAGUCUCCUUUGCUUGCCGGCAUCAGCGAGUCCAGCAUCGAAAAGCGGGCAGUAGAACGCAUCAAUGACAUCAAGAUCACUAUGCCUAGAAAAAACUGCAUACAGUUGUUACACACUCUGCAGCUGCUGUGAAGCAGCAAGACAGACAAGUUCUAUCAUGUGCGAAAUGCAGGAGCGCAGUCUGUGUCUGUCGCGUACAACCUGUAGGCAUGUUUAUUUCCCCAUAAUCUCCGGACUUUUGUUGAUUUUCUUCACCUGCAAAUAAAGUGUGUGACCACUGUAGUCGACCUUGUUUCCUUGGAUGAUUCCCAGCUUGCAAGACGUGAUAAAUGCCUUCGAUUCCCCCAUGGCCCGGGAAGUUUUGACCGACAGCACCCCAAGAUCAAACUUACAAAGAAAAUCGUCCUCCUCGUCCACCGUUGACGCUGUGCUCUCCUCGACGGAGCCAAUCACCCGUGGAAACGGCCGGAAAUCUUCUGAAAGCGAGACACAAGAAAGUGGACAACUACGGCGGGAUUCCUCCAAGACCAAAGCCGCUGGUGCGGCAACCAAUGGUGCAACUUCCGCUUCUACGACGACGAAGUCUUACCACGAGAUCACCACUAGGGAAGGUCGGAAAAUCGUCAUGGACGCGGAGCAAGUCGAGAAAGUCAUGGUAGAUAUCAAGCGGCAUUUGUCCAUCUCCGAAGACAAACUGCAAUUCCUCGGUAGUUCUUCUACUACCACCUCUCCGCAGCACCACCACCUGGAGCGGUCUGUGUCAAUCCAAGAACGCACCACCAACGUGACGGCUGCCGCUGCCUCGGACAAGAAAAAAGCGACAUCGAAAAGGAAAAGGAAAAACGAGGAAAGUACCAAUCCCGUACAAGAACCGCCGUCCUCAGGAGGUGUCGUGAGCAGCUCACCUACAACAACCUCCCCGACAUCUUCGACCGGCAAGAAAAACAACACGGGCGGCCCGAAAAUAAACGGCUCAGAACCAACUCCCGAAAGUACCGAGGGUAAAAAGCCCGGCGGCAGCAUGUUAUCCUACGCAGAUGUGGCAGCGGUGCGAAGUUCGAAAGAGCAACAGGAACCGGCCUCAAACGCAAAAGGAAAUGGCAAGACGGGCAGCGGCAAAGGCAAGAACACUGAAAUUUCCGGCGGUGAUGCUGGCCCGGCGGAGAGAAGGUCGAGCAAGGGCAAAGGAAAAGACAAGGACAAUAAAGGCACUGGAAAAGAACCGGCGACGAGCGCUGCUCCAACGACCGCGGACGCAAAAGAAAUAGCUGCUGAAAACAAGGGUAAGGGGAACAAAGGCAAGAGCGGCAAAGAUGAAAAGGGGAAGGGCAGCAAAAACCGAGAAAGCGAUGGGGGUGAGCAGAAGGGGGCGGCGAAGGGCACUGGUGAAGCUGCUGCCAAAGGAAGGGGCAGUAAAGGCGGCCAGCAGAAAGGGGAGCAACUGGAAAAGGACGGGUGGCAACUCAACAAGGACGGGAAGGACAAAAAAGGCAAGGGUUCAAAGCAGGGCGAAAAUGUGAAAGGCAAGGGGGGAGAAGGAAAAAGCGCCUACGAGAAAAGUAGCAAAGGGAAAAAGUCUGAAGGCGAGUCAAGCAAUUCUCGGGAGGAAGGUGCGGUAUCAAUUGAAAACAAAAUAUGUCUGGGUCUGGGAGACGGCAGAAGGUUGUCAGGCAGCUUUUUCAUGCCCCGCGUGGUCUGGAAUGCAUAGCCUCGUUGGAUUCUGCAAGGUCUACUUCGCAUUUUCUAUCGAAGAUCUCGCAUGAGAAAUAACGUCCUCCGAAAUGGACCAAAACUGGCCAUUCAACUUUUGGUACUGGUGCAACACAGAUUUUGAUUGUUGUAUGAGUAUGACCAUGACGCACAGGAGGACGCAUCACAAGUUUGAUGCACGUCUCCAGUCCAGGACAUAUUUGCAGUGCAUAGACGGAGAAUAAGGGCGAGGGGUCACGGAAAAGCAAAGGGAGGAACUCAAGCUACUACUCCAAUGGGUACGGCGGGAAAGGUGGAAAAAGCUCGAGCUAAAAAGCGGCUCGAGACGGGUAUGCACAUUGCGUUCUCCAGGCAGUUAUUUCUUACUGCCCUGCUGUUGGACUAGAGUUAGUGUUUGCGCCCAAUUACAAAGAACUCCAUUAUUCUCUUGACGAGAACCAAGCUAGGAGCUAGUUUUUAUUUUUGAGCUCUACUAUAACUGUGGUAGGGUUGCACAUUUUUCAUUUUUCACGCAGAGCGAUGCCGAGUAUGAACAUAAAUGUUAGUUUUGCUAUUACGAUAAACAACAUCUUCCUCAUGGAGCCUCCGUUUUUUUUUUGGAAAAUUAAACAUAAGUCAUCAUCAUACAUUUCUGUACGCUGUUAGCUACUGAAUAGAGUUAAAGCGACUCGGCGCAUUCCCGUGAAGAGCUUUGUUUCUUCCAGUUUAUAUAUGUCAUACACGCGCGCAAACUUGUUUACUCGUAGUGCAUGAGGAAUGCUUGUGUGUGUAUGCUGACAUUUUUCGGUAUGUGAAUGAAUGCCAAUGCUCACCGCAUCAAAGUCCGAUGGUAUCGACAAUCAUUCACAGCAAAAGAGUCGCACCGACUGGGUGCAGCCUGUGUUCCUCUUGGUGGAAGAAAGAAGAGACAGUGGAAGGGAGAGUACCAAGAAGAAGAUGUAAGCACACCACAGCUGUGUAUGUAAGUAUACUUAGAAAUAAAG